AUGUAUGUAGACCAUUUUGGGAAUAGUAACAUGCAGGAAUGGUUGGAUGAACAUAAAGACGAGGUUGUUGGUAACAUACAGGAAAAGGUACUUGAUGGUUCAAGACUGAUUAAGGAAGUUGCAACAAGACAUCGAGAUGUGGCUGACAUUGAUGAUGAGGAAGAGAAUGGCAUUGAGGAAGAUGACGAGGAUGAGGAUGACGAUGAGAACCCUUAUUUUUUGAUAAAGGAUAAUGGGAUUCAGGUAGACAUGGGUGAGAAUGCAGGUGUAGGUGAUUCUUUCGAAGAAGAUAUGGGUGACAAUGAAGAUGUUUAUCCCGAGUUGCCAAAUAUUUUCAAUGAUAAGCUCAAUUUAAAGGAGCAGGAACAUGUGUUAGAAGGGGUUUGGGAUGAUGAGGUAAUGGUUGAUGCAGGGGAUGCAUUGGAGACGACUGGUCGGGAAGAGAAAAUGGUGGGAGUCAAUGGACGCGUGGAAAGGGUCAAGGUCAAUGCUCGUGUUCGUCAAGUUCAGCAUGUAAGACCACCUAACAAAAGGAAGAAGUCGGAGAGAAUCAUUAAAAUGAAGCUUGUUAAAAACGUGAGAGGUGAAGGUAGUAGUCCUGCAAGGGCCAUGGAUUUGGAUUAG